GUGCUUGGCAUUUUCUCAAUCUCAUGGAGCAGGUGAAACUAAGUGAGGGCCAGUAUUGGCCGCCGCGUGAAUUCCAUCUCGGUUUGGGGAGCAGGCUGGUGGAUUAUUGCCCCAUUCCACCGCGAGACGUAGCGAAGCUGAAGCAACGCAAGAGCAAUGGUCCAUCAAGCAUAGCUCAAGAAUCUCGAUUCGUGGAGGUGACCGUCCAAGGUUUCAGGUGGUUCGCCAUCGCCACGAUUCAGACCCGCCGAGGUGAUGCAGCGGCGUCAUGCGAACAGCAUCCAACAAGAGGAAAACAGGGUCGGGCUGCUUCAUGGACAUGGCGGUUGCAAAAGGCGUGUGAGGUCUUGACUUUAAGUGAUAUUGAGCAGACCCUGAAUGUUACAGAGGUACACUAUUGCUCCUGGCUGGAAGAUGUGGCCUUUCAAAGAAAAUCGGCCGAGUACCUGUGGAUGCUGGUCUGUAGCGCAGGCUUUGGACUGACGAACGAGAUUGAGAAGAUGGUGACCUUCCAACCGAAAGAUGCCGGAGCUGGCAACGGUGUCCCCGGGGUGGCAGCCAUGGUGGCAGAGGCCCUCCGCAGAGGGCGUCGAUGGUUCCUCGCUGUGGAGGCUAUUUUGGGCAUUCCCGGGGGUGAACGUUGCCCCUGCAGUCUACGGCAGAAACCUUUGCCGUGUGGCCUGCUAAGGUACUCGAAAUCCUUGCUUCGACGGAUUGUCGGGAACCUGGUGCUCAUGAGGCUGGUGACCUGCUUCUUCUACCUGGGCACCUUCAGCUUGCCCUACUGCUGGAAGCUGGGUCUUGGUGCGCUGAUGGGAUGUUGGGGUAUUGGUCACGACGCAGGUUUGAUCGCUGUACUUUGCAGCUUAGCGUAUUGGUGCUUGGCAUUUUCUCAAUCUCAUGGAGCAGGUGAAACUAAGCAGCUCGAUCCCAGACCCGCUUCCAGCUCCUUCCUUCCAAGUGAGGGCCAGUAUUGGCCGCCGCGUGAAUUCCAUCUCGGUUUGGGGAGCAGGACUCUUAUCCGAACCCCUGUGCAGAGUGAACGGCGGCACUUGGAAUCUCUACAGCGACAUUUCAGCCUGAUUCCACGGCGAGGUGACCGUCCAAGGUUUCAGGUGGUUCGCCAUGAUCGCCACGAUUCAGACCCGCCGAGGUCCGUUUUGCCGGAUUCGGGCAGCCCAGAGGGCAAAACGGAGCACGAGACGCACUGCCAAGGAGACAAUGUGAUGCAGCGGCGUCAUGCGAACAGCAUCCAGCAAGAGGAAAACAGGGUCGGGCUGCUUUAUGGACAUGGCGGUUGCAAAGCGUGUGAGGUCUUGACUUUAAGUGAUCUUGAGCAGACCCUGAAUGUUACAGAGGUACACUAUUGCUCCUGGCUGGAAGAUGUGGCCUUUCAAAGAAAAUCGGCCGAGUACCUGUGGAUGCUGGUCUGUAGCACAGGCGCUGUGCAUAAAAUGCGCUUCUUGUCGACAUGGCUCUUGUUCUUGCUGCGGCAACAUGCAGACCAGCUUCUUGGACUCGUGGUGGGUCAUACCUACUUCUUCUUCGAGGAGUUGGUUGCGAAUCGGGUGAUCCCAACUGUGCGAUUUGUGAAACCUCCAAAAAGGGCUUUCGCCUUUUCCGGACGCCAAGACUGA